AUGGGUCUCAGCAUUGGAAAUGGAUUUGGAAUUUGGAGUGGAUUUGGUAAUGGUAAUGGAGUUGGAGUAGGAGUUGGUAUUCGAAUUGGAGAGGAUAUAUUGUAUGGAUGGUUUGAUGAUGGAUGUGAUGGUGGAUGCAUGAUUUGCUUGGAUCUAUAUCUGGUAGAUGUAGAUAGUGCUAUGUAG